CAGGAAGACUUCCCAUUUUCUGAACGUGGCAUUUGCCCUGAUUUGAUUAUGAAACCUCAUGGGUUUCCUAGUCGAAUGACAGUGGGGAAGAUGAUAGAGCUUCUUGGGGGUAAAGCUGGAGUUUCAUGUCGUAGGUUUCAUUAUGGCAGUGCCUUUGGGGAACCAAGCGGUCAUGCAGACACAGUUGAAGCUAUGAGUGAAAUUCUUGUGAACAAAGGCUUUAGCUGCAAUGGCAAAGACUUUCUGUAUUCAGGUAUCACAGGUUGCCCACUGCAAGCAUAUAUUUUCAUGGGUCCUAUUUACUAUCAAAAGUUAAAACAUAUGGUAAGAUUCGAAGCCUCCUUUAUUAUGUUCCAGAGUCCAAUCAUGCUU